AUGUCGUGUCUGAAAGAACCAAGGCCUGCCAGCCAACCAGCGACGCAAACCAGGACUUACCAGCCAAUCAGCGAACGCGACUUGGGCCCGCCAGCCAAUCAGCGACGCGCUUCCGAUAGAACCAACAGCUUCUGGGCGAACCGAAGACCACAAGAAGACCGAAGGACUCACUUCGAGGUGAAGAUAAUUGCUGAAAGUGUCAUGUUUGCCCAAAGAAGAAAACAACUGUGCCUGCACAAGGCGCGUGGCGUAGACAGCCUGGGUCCGCCGCACCCGGGCCGCCAUCCCCGCGGUCAGCCGCCCAGGCCGCUUGCGGCGCGACCCCCCCUGCCGCGGCGGCGCUCGGGGCCGCAGGGCAUCGGGCGGGCCGUCCCUCCCCUGCGCCCUGCCCCCGACCCCCCGCCGCGGCGCAGCACACCGCCGCCCCGGGCCCUGGGGCCCUCCGCCGCCAGGGCCACGGCGCGGCCCCCUGGGGUCAUACGCUUUCGGUGUAUCCGGCACGGCCUCGCCUGCGUGCCGUGUUGCCUCACUCCCCCCUCGCACACGCCGUUCACACCACCGAAACCACGCCCGCUCACCGCCCAUCACGCCCUCCCCACGCCCCUCACGUCGCUACGUCCCUCCCACAGCCAGCCGCCUAGAGGCAGCCCCCGAGGCACUCGAACUCCUUUUGCACAGCUGCUCCCUCUGUAG